AUGGCUUCCAAAAAUUCAGUUCAUCUCGCCACUUUGGUCACCAAUAUCAAAAAUUGUAUCCCAAUCACUCUUAAUGAAGAUGCUCAUCAAUAUAACACAUGGUCUACUAUCUUUCACCUUCAUUGUCGUGCUCACCUUCUUCUUGACCAUAUUGUUUUCGAUGACAAAAAUCCAUCAUCUACAAAUGUUUCUUGGCAACGUUUUGAUGAUAUCAUGCGCACUUGGAUCUACGUUAAUAUUUUUGUUGAACUUAUUAAGUCCAUUCUUUCUCCUACCGACAAGGCCAUAGACACGUGGAAUCGGUUGGUUAACAGAUUUCAGAAUCACAAAACUACUCGAGUUUUGACUCUUGAAUCCCAAUUUAAUUCUAUUCAUCUAUCUCGAUUCUUUUUGUCGUCUCUCUUACAAGUUCUCCCUGGGCUUACCGAAGACUAUAGUUCUUUUCGGUCCAUUGUUCAACAUAUAAAUCCACAUCCUGAUUUUGACGCAAUUUCAUCCAUGAUUGAAUUGGAGGAGCAAACCCACAACAGAGAAGUUCCUCUUAAUGACACAGCUCUCUUGGUUUCUGAUUCCCUGCCUGCCACGUCAUCAUUGACGGAAAGCCACCAAUCAUCUCACUCCGGCAGCCGCGGCCGCCGCAACAAUCGUAGAGGAGGCAAAGGAUCUCGACAAUCUUCCAGUGGUCACUCGUCCCAACAUUCACAAACUGGUAGGUAUUCUAACUUUGGGCCACGUCAUUCUAAUGCCCUGUCCAACAACUUUCCACAAUGGGCUUAUCCUCCUUGA